GUAGACUUGGAUUCAAGACAUAUUGGCUGGGUAACAAGUGAACUUCCUGGGGGUGAUAAUCACAUCAUCAAAAUUGAAUUGAAAGGCCCAGAGAACACACUAAGAGUUCGACAAGUGAAAAUUCUUGGAUGGAAAGAUGGUGAAAGCAUUAAAAUAGCAGGGCAGAUUUCUGCAAGUGUAGCCCAACAAAGAAACUGUGAAUCUGAGACACUGCGAGUGUUCCGACUUAUUACAUCCCAGGUAUUUGGAAAACUCAUCUCUGGAGAUGCUGAGCCAACCCCAGAACAAGAAGAAAAAGCACUGCUGUCUUCCCCAGAAGGAGAAGAAAAAGUACACAAUGCAACAUCAGAUGCAGACCUGAAGGAGCACAUGGUGGGGAUCAUAUUCAGCCGGAGCAAACUGACAAAUUUGCAGAAGCAGGUGUGUGCUCACAUAGUCCAGGCCAUACGGAUGGAAGCAACCCGUGUGCGUGAAGAAUGGGAGCACGCCAUCUCUAGCAAAGAGAACGCCAACUCGCAGCCUAACGAUGAAGAUGCUUCUUCUGACGCUUACUGCUUUGAGCUGCUCUCGAUGGUGCUGGCACUGAGCGGCUCUAAUGUAGGCCGGCAGUACCUGGCUCAGCAGCUGACUCUGCUCCAGGAUCUCUUCUCAUUACUACACACUGCUUCUCCCAGGGUACAGAGACAGGUAACAUCAUUACUAAGGCGUGUUUUGCCUGAGGUAACCCCUAGUCGCCUGGCUAGUAUUAUAGGAGUGAAGUCUCUUCCACCAGCAGAUAUAAGUGAUAUCAUUCACUCAACAGAAAAAGGAGACUGGAAUAAACUAGGUAUCUUAGACAUGUUUUUGGGAUGCAUCGCCAAAGCUCUCACUGUACAGCUAAAAGCCAAAGGAACUACCAUAACAGGGACAGCUGGCACUACUGCAGGCAAAGGAGUUACUACAGUCACACUCCCAAUGAUCUUCAAUUCCAGCUAUAUUCGGCGAGGUGAAAGCCAUUGGUGGAUGAAGGGUUCAACACCUACACAGAUUUCAGAGAUCAUUAUUAAACUCAUUAAAGACAUGGCAGCAGGUCAUCUGUCAGAAGCUUGGUCCCGUGUGACAAAGAAUGCUAUUGCUGAAACCAUUAUAGCUCUGACCAAAAUGGAAGAAGAAUACAGAUCACCAGUGAGGUGCAUUGCAACAACCAGACUAUGGCUGGCCUUAGCAUCCCUCUGUGUACUUGAUCAGGAUCAUGUUGAUAGGCUAUCCUCAGGAAGAUGGAUGGGAAAGGACGGACAGCAGAAACAGAUGCCAAUGUGUGAUAACCAUGAUGAUGGUGAAACUGCUGCAAUCAUUUUAUGUAACGUCUGUGGGAAUUUGUGUACAGAUUGUGACCGAUUCCUUCAUCUCCAUCGGCGAACAAAAACUCAUCAGAGACAGGUAUUCAAAGAAGAAGAAGAAGCAAUCAAAGUUGAUCUCCACGAGGGUUGUGGUAGGACCAAACUUUUCUGGCUGAUGGCAUUAGCAGAUUCUAAAACUAUGAAGGCUAUGGUGGAAUUUAGAGAACAGACAGGCAAACCGACCACCAGCAGUUCUGAAGCGUGUCGCUUCUGUGGCUGUAGGAGUGGAACAGAAUUAUCGGCAGUGGGAAGCGUUUGUUCUGAUACCGAUUGCCAGGAGUAUGCUAAAAUUGCCUGCAGCAAGACACACCCCUGUGGUCAUCCAUGUGGAGGCGUUAAGAACGAAGAGCACUGUUUGCCAUGCUUGCAUGGCUGUGAUAAGAACGCUACAACUCUUAAACAAGAUGCUGAUGACAUGUGCAUGAUCUGCUUUACUGAAGCACUUUCAGCAGCACCAGCUAUCCAGCUGGACUGCAGCCACGUUUUCCACUUGCAAUGCUGUCAGCGAGUACUAGAAAACAGAUGGCUUGGGCCAAGGAUAACUUUCGGCUUUAUGUCCUGUCCUAUUUGCAAG